GAAAAGCCAUCCGACUACAUGGGCAAAGGAAUGCCAGUAGUUUUUCCUGAAGAAGUGGCUAAAGAUGUUGAGAUGGCACACGCUGCUACGCCUAUGCUUACUAAGGAAGAGCGAACGCCAUUGAAGGUAUCCCAGCAUGAAAAUCCUCUGUACAAGCCACCACCACCUUUGGCUGCCGCUUCACCCCGAGUAGGGUCCGCUGCCACCGUUCCGAACCAAAGGAUGCCGCCCACCUAUGUUCCACCGUAAUUUUCGUUAGAGAAGUAGAAACGAGCUGUAUGGACAGAUUUCGAUACGGUUCGAGUUGGCAAGCCACGCCCUUAUUGGCUCGUACGAGUUUGCUCCACGAACGUUGUUGUUAUAUUUGAAUUCUCAGGACGCCAGCUUUCUGAUGGACUCGAAACUUUCCCUCUCCACUUCCCCCAUCAAAAAGAAAUUCUCGUUACCU